CGUAUACGCGAAGUCUUGAGCUUUCCCUUUUCUCUUCUCUCGCCGGCGGCCAUGGCAGACGACGACGACUGCCCUCCCCUCGCCGUCGAGCUCCCGCCGCAGGCGAACUUUCCUCCGGCUCCCGCUUCCUCCUCCAAUUCCGUCUCCGCACCGGUCGGCGUUACCGUCAUCACCGGCUACCUCGGCGCCGGCAAGUCCACGUUAGUCAACUACAUUUUGAGUGCGCAACAUGGGAAGAGAAUAGCAGUAAUACUGAAUGAGUUCGGUGAGGAAAUCGGAGUGGAAAGAGCAAUGAUUAAUGAGGGACAAGGUGGUGCCCUUGUCGAGGAGUGGGUGGAGCUGGCAAAUGGAUGCGUUUGUUGCACUGUAAAACACAGCCUGGUUCAAGCACUUGAGCAACUGGUGCAGAGUAAGGAGAGAAUGGAUCACAUAUUAUUGGAGACAACUGGUUUGGCUGAUCCUGCACCACUUGUCUCCAUUCUCUGGCUGGACGAUCAGUUGGAGUCAUCAAUCAGACUAGACUCUAUUAUUACGGUUAUUGAUGCAAAGAACUUCAGGCAGCAAAUUGACGAACACACAAACUCUUCAUCAUUUCCGGAAGCAUUUCAUCAAAUUGCAUUUGCGGAUGUUGUGAUAUUGAACAAAAUUGAUUUAGUAAAAGACGAUCUCGAGGAUUUGGAAAGGAAAAUUCAUGAUGUCAAUGCUCUUGUUACAGUGGUGCGCUCUGUCCGAUGCCAGGUUGACUUAAAUACAAUAUUUGAUCGACAGGCAUAUGGUGUAAAGAAUUCAUCGCAACUACAGGAGCUUCUGGAGUACAGUAAAUCAGUACCACCAAAUAGUCGUCAUGAUAGCAGUAUUUCCACCCUGUGCAUUUCUGAACAGGAUCCAGUCGACUUGGCUAAGGUGGAAUCAUGGCUUGAAGAUCUUCUUUGGGAGAAGAAGUCUAACAUGGAUAUAUAUCGUUGCAAAGGGGUUUUACAUAUUCAUAAUUCGAACCAACUUCAUACAUUACAGGCAGUGAGGGAAGUCUAUGAGGUUGUCCCGGCCCGAGAAUGGUCUGAUACACAAUCUCGCACAAACAAGAUAGUUUUCAUAGGGCGUGAUUUGGAUAUCAGUAUUCUUCAAGAUUCAUUCAGUCGCUGCAAGCACUGAUUAUCAUGGUUUGCACGACACA